AUGCUCUCUACCGGCGCCAGCGGGCUCUUCAGCGAGCGAGAGGAACAGUGUCAUCAAGAGAGAAGACGGAGGGCUAAGCCGCUCAAUGACCAAGAGAUGCACCUGCAGGUAAUUAGCAACUGCAACAGUUCCAUCCCCGUUCGAAUUGCCUCGUCCUGCGGCGUGGUCGAGGCAGAUGAUCCUUGGUGGCAGGUUACGAUAGGCCUAUUCCCGGACAAUCUGUCGCCAUGUCGAGGCUACAAAAUGGAGCGUAUCCCGGCGAUGCCUAGGGCGGCUAGAGAGAUGCUGAUCGAUCGAUACUGCCCUGAAGACCUCCAGGCGUUCGUCAGAACUAACCGCGACGACCAAGACUGCCUCGUCAGAUUAUACACAGGCCGGAGACGGCUCCCAAGCGCUUCUCAGUCAAGGUUCCAGCGUUUCAGUCUCCGAAACUACCCUCUGCACGUCGACCAGAUGGAGGAGCUUGGACUGGAUACGCAUGCGAUUGCACGCACUCUUGCCGACGCCCUGACCCACUGCUACUGGAUAGCAGGUGUGGAUGCGAACGAUGUCGAGUUCGUCCUCGCACCCCAGAAGACCCACUCCGAGCACUGUGAGAAUUCGCCAGAGGUACCUCGUUUCAGAUCGGAUGCACUCGGCGGCGAGUUUGUGAUAUGGAUGCUCGACUAUGACUGCUGUAGGGAAAUGAGCCAGGACGAGGCGGGCGUUGACCAGGCCGUGAAAGCCUUUUAUCGAAACGAUCCUUACUAUCCGCGGCCAUACGCACACGGCCACGCCGAAGAAGAUCGCUCGUUAUGGCAAACAUUCCGUUCUCGCUUUCUCGAAUCGAGCCGCCACAUUCUCAAAGGACGAACUGCGCUUGCCACAAUAUUGAUCGAGAAGAUUGAAGAAGAGGGACGGAGGAGAUGCGAGCGAGGCGGACUGGAAGGCGCCGACUAG